CUCGGCGCGGAUGGAGGCGGAUGCUGGAUGCGCUGCGUACAAAUCAUGAUGAUGAUGAUGAUGAUGAUGAUGUAAUAAACGCACGCUCCGCUGGUUCUAGUACUAUGGCAAGCUGUUUUAGCAUUAAAUACCCCUUGCUGUACUAGUCAUAAUUUAGUUUUGACUACUAGAAUCCUCACGCUUGCGACCCGGCCAGAGUGAUGUCAUCAUCAAUACCGUAAACCGUGCCUAGGAAUUUUCACCGCGCGUCCGUGCUGCUCAGCGUGGCCUCCAUGAGGACAGACCCCGGGACUGCGGCGCUGAUGGCUGUUGCGGUCGGGACUGCAGCAAGCUCUCUUCAGCAUUACAGCUGCGACCCCUGCGCUCAGACGAGCGGCAAAGCCCGUGCAACCGAAACACGCGCGAGAGCGUUCUAUAUGGAAUAUCUUUCGUCUUAACGGGAUUUCAAACUCCGGAUGUGACUGACAGCCAGUCGUUGUGCAUCACCGGUCAUCUGCGCCCUUUUAGGACUUUUUUGGUUAGUGUCUACACUUGAAAAUCGGUGAGAUCCGUCUUACUCGGUGCCUGUGCUGCCCCCCCCUCGCGCUUACUGGAGACUGUCCGCGCGCUGCGCACCCGGAGGCCACAAGUGCCUGUUUUUCUCCCGCUAGAUUCACCAUUGAUGGAAACUGAUGCCCUGUUGCCUUUCUUCGACCGUUUCUACCUCUGCAGCCGCUGUUUCUCCUUUAGAAACGCGACUAGGCCCGCGAGCCCCGCUAAACAUCUCACAUAAUGACACUUUGAUGGAUAAAAUGACAAGAGCGGAUCAUUUAUAUUGUGUUUUGGGCUUUUGGAUGUCGGCGUAGCGACUUUGCCGUGUGUUUUAAUCUUUUCUGGAUCCGACACCCGGGUGCGCGAGGAGGGCAGCUGUCUCGAGAGCAAUAAACGCACGUUAUUUUAAGGGACCGCGCUUCUCUCUCAGGAUGGCAAAUGAACCCGUUAUUCUUAAUGUGUAUGACAUGUACUGGAUAAAUGAAUACACCUCCACUCUGGGUAUUGGAGUCUUCCACUCAGGAAUAGAGAUUUAUGGCAGAGAGUUUGCGUACGGCGGCCAUCCGUAUCCCUUCAGUGGCAUUUUUGAGAUCAACCCUGGAAAUGCCUCAGAACUGGGGGAGACUUUCAAAUUCAAAGAGGCUAUCGCUCUGGGUACGACAGACUUUGCAGAGGAGGACAUUGAUAAAAUAAUGGAGGAGCUGGGAAAGGAGUUCAAGGGGAAUGCCUACCACCUGAUGCACAAAAACUGCAACCAUUUUUCUUCUUCACUGUCUGAGUUGCUGUGUGGUAGAGAGAUCCCACGCUGGGUCAAUCGAUUGGCAUAUUUCAGCUCCUGUAUUCCAUUUCUGCAGAGUUGUCUGCCUAGAGAGUGGCUCACACCCGCCGCGCUCCAGAGCCAUAUCAGCAUGGGCCUUCGGAAGGAGAACACACACGAUUCCAGCGACGAUGAGCCCUCGUCUGCUAUGGAGGCGGCCGCUGGAACAUCACACAGCUGCAGGCACACCCGCGUGUGAUCUUACAUAGAAAUUUACAUGCAGUAUUACACUAAUUUGAACACACAUACUGUACACUCCAACCUCUGAUCCUGCUGCUACAGCGCCUCCUGCUGGACUGGAUGAACACCAGACCUCAUGGCCUCUCAGAAUGAGGAAAUCAAAGUCAUGUUCUUCAGUAGAGCCUACAGGGAUUUAAAAAACCUUGCAAUGGUACUCUUAAAGUUUUAGAAUUGUUUGAUUUUUACUAAGAGUUUAGGGAAAUUAAAACAGUGUUUGCCAUUUAGUGUUCUUUCUCUUAUAUAUACAUAGGACAAUAUGAAUGAUGGGCGAUCAUAAUGGACUGCCCCCUGCUGGUGUGUGACAACACUACACUAGAGGCCCCUUCCUCAUAAAUCCUCAUAAAUCCUGAACUUCUUUCUUUUAAUCCCAUCUGGAUGUUUUCCAGAUUAAGCCGAGUUCGCUGUGUAUUAAAUUAUUUUCUAUUUUGUGAUGGAAUAAGCGUGUCACCUGAAGAAGAACUUACAUUCCUAACCUUAUUUUUUUCCCUCAGUGACUUUAGUAUUAUUAAUCUGAUUUAAUUUAAUUAUAUGAUGUCAAACUAAUGUCAUCUUUGGUUUACAUUCAUUUAAUUUUAGCUCUCUUUUUAUAUUUUAGUGCAAGGUUUGCAAUGAAUUUACAUUAAAAAGGGCCGAUGACACCACGUGUCACACACACACAGCAGUUGGAAAUUGCAGCCUUAUAACUGUAAGCCAUUGAUAUGCUGGACUCAUCUGAAACAAAAGACCUUUGUUGUUCAGUCAUCGAGGACACAAAGGGGCCAUUUGUGAGGGUGAUGUUGAGGGGGUGGGUGGGAACGUGUGGGUGGGGUCUGCACAUCAGGUCUGGUAUCAGUACUGUACGACAGUGUUGUAAUUGAAUGCAAUGUCAGAGUGUUUAAGAGAAAGGGAGUGCCGCAAAGGUGUUAAUGGUCAUUUCUCUUGACUUUAGUAAUUGUGGUUUCUGUGCAGACUGAAAAGAGUAAUGUUGUUGUUGAAAAAGAGUUAUCUACACCUCACUAUAUUACUUUUGCACUAAUUCUUGCCCUAGUUUUCAUUCUGAAGAGCAGUCGACGGUAGUUGCCAAAAGUCAGAUUUCACAAAAAAUAGCAUAUGAUGGACACAAACCCGAUUAUUUAUUUAUUUAUUCUUUCGCUUCAGAGUAUGAUCCCAUCCGGUCGGAGGAUCAAACAUGUUUGAGGUGCAUUCGGCAUGACUUGUAUACUCAGUCGUUUAGUGUAGGAUGCCCAGUUUUCUCUGUAACCAUUUAGAAAGUCGGCAAUCGUAUAAUGCCUGGUGUUUUAAAAUCUGUUCCGAUUUUAAAAGUUGUGAAAUGUAUUCCAGCCUCAACAGUAUUUUAAGGCCACACCUAAAGGUCGUAAGGUCUUUCUCAUCUUUGGGCAAUAGUCCUUAGUAAAGGUAGACACCAUAUCUAAUUUUUCACAUAUGAAAAUAAAACUGGGAGAGAUGUACAGAUUAUUCAAUAGGUUGAUUGUCUUAUGGUCCUAUGGAAAUUUUCAUGUUUUACACUCAAAUUUUAUCAGAAAAGCGUAUUUUUUAGUAUUUUGUCAGUUGGAUCAACAGCAAAGUUAAAAAUAUUUAAGUGUGUUCAUUUGUAAAAAAUUAAAUAUGGUGUAUACCCGGACUAUGGUCCAUAUCAGAGUAAAUAAUACUUCUCAGUUUACCAUUUUGCCUGUCAGAAUCCUCUCUAGAAGCUCAUCUUCUCCUCUGUCUCUCAGGACGGCAUGGUAUUGUAGAUGGCAACACGGGUGCUUCAUGAGUCAGAUCUAUAGGAAAUAUGUUUUUGGUGACAUAUUUAUACAAUUUUAUAUUUGGGGUAUGAUUGCUGUUAUUUUGUCAAAUAUAUUAUUAACCUGUAAAGCCUAAUUCUUAUGAUGCUGUUUUUGUUUUAUUUAGUCUGAGGCCACAACUGAGAUAUUUUACUAGUUCAGCAAAGACCCGUUUUGUAGGCAUCACCCACUGAAGCCAGUUCUAGCCUCGAUUAGGACCGUCUUGUUUCGAUGUGAUGGACAAUUUCAGACAUUUACAGAUGAAUAGAGAAUAAAGAAAUUAAAAGUUU